UUCCACCUGCACGUCCAGUCUCCCGGGGAAGGAAGGUGCAGCAUUGUUGGUAGGUCCAAACAGGGCAUCUGGGAAGCAGGCCCUGGAGGGCUGAUGCCAAGGAAUGAGUCUGGCUGGCUGGAGAGCAAUGGACUAGCGGUUUUCUGCUGCCUUGACAGCCGGCGCUGUCCACCUCAAGAGUCACUAAGUGCGUGAAGUUGUUUAAAUUUAAAAAUUAAAUUUGCUUAAUGUAAAAGUUCACUUCAUACGAGACUCAGUCCAGUGCACAGCAGACAAUGUGGCUAAUGACUAUUACCAGACAGAGCUGAUUUGAGACAAUGCCAUCAGCACUGAGUUCAGGGCUGUGCUAUCCAAGGCUCUGGACAGCUCCACAGAUCCGCUAGAACAGUGUGCAAACUUGUCAAGCCAGAACGCGCGUUUGUGGUCCAGGCCCUUCCUGAUGCUGAAUGACACCUGACCGAGGGACUCUGGUUUCUCAGGGACAGAAAGGUGGAGGCCCAGGCUCCCAAAGGCUAGGGAGGUGCUAACUGAAUCAGUGCUGGGCGAGCAGCUCCUCUGUUGCAACUCUUGCCAGUCUGACAGGCUCCUGCAGAGUUACAUCACUUCCUAAAAAUCAGGCAAACACCUCUCCUUCAAGUGAGCACCGACCCAAAGGAGCAGGAAACAGGAAAUGUGCGCGUCGGAGGGAGGCUGGGGCUCUGCAGCAUCCUGAGCCAGGACGAGCCAGCUGAGAUGACUGUGCUGCGCAUUGCCCUGGUCUUGGCCCUGGGACUCACAUUCGGUCACUCUGAUCAGGGCAACGAUGAGGAGUUAGGACACUCAGGGUACAGCGCUACGGAGGAGGAAACGGCAGAUGAAGAGACAACAAGUGCUUUGGCUGUGGUGACCACAGAAGCAUUAACCACAGACACAAAUUCUACAUACACUACGGAGUCCCCAAGCCCAAUGGAGUUUGUGGUGAUGGUCGUGGUUCCACUGGCUGUGCUUGUCAUCCUUUUGUCCGGGGUUCUCCUUGCAAUUUACCUGAAAAGCAAGAGGCUCAAGCAAGAGCCUUCUAGCCAAGGAUCUCAAAGUGUCUUGCAGACAUAUGAACCUGUCGGUGAAAACCUGAAAGUCCCUAUUUUUGAAGAGGACACACCCUCUGUUAUGGAAAUAGAGAUGGAAGAGCUUGAUAAAUGGAUGAGCAGCAUGAAUAGAAACGCCGACUAUGAGUGUUUACCUACUUUGAAGGAAGAGAAGGAGCCAAACCUCAGCCCGAGUGACAAUGAAUCCUAACUCUGAGCAGUGUUGACAUUCUUCAAGAGUGCACACCCUGAGGGCACCCGCUGGGCCUGCCAAGGGAAGAUGAAGAGGAGACAAGUUUAAUUAAUUUCAAAUCGGUGUAGACACAAGAACCUUUUACCGCCACCCUCACUUCAGACGGUGACAACCUGUGGACUUGGAAGAAGGAAGGACGGGAAUCCGAGGAAGGGCCUGGCUGCCCUCCAUCCAACUCAGGGUGCAGAAGGAGCGCUGUGAGGUGUUCCCUUCUGAUCAGUGGGUGUCCCCUCCUUAUGGCGUUCUCCUCACUCAUUCUGAUUACCCUGAAGUCGCCAACACUGGUGUGUGCUUCACCCCUGAGGGUUCAAAUCAGGAAGCUGAUCUUCUGCCAGGUCACCUCAGUACCUAACAGCUUUGGACAAUGUCCUCUAAUUAUUCAUGGCCUCUGACAGGUCAGCUCUAUUCAUCUGGAACUUCCCUCACGUUCUGUAUGUCGCCGAAAAGACAGCAAACAAAGCAAGUGUUUCACAUCCGCACCAUCCCAGGGAGUUGUGAAGCCUGUUCUUACUGCUAAGAAAGCUCACAGUCCUCAUAGGAGAUCCUUGAGUGGCUCACAGACUGGUACCCAGCCACAUUCAGCCACGUCUCAGCCUCUUUUGAAAACUUGUAGAGGAAAUAGCAAUCUUUAAAGAGAGAGGCAACGUUUUCCUUCUACGCUAAGGUUACAUCUGCCGGCAACAUCCCGAAGCUGCCAUUCUGGUCUCGACUCAUACCACGGGUCUAGCCUGUGCUGUGUGGGCCCAAGGCAUGGAGUGCAUGCAGGCCGAGAUCAUCUGUCACCCUUCUGUGUCGUGAGAUCUUCAAGGCUGAACAAGAUAUAUCUGGACCCGGGGAAACUAGCUCACGGUGCUCUGCGGUCUCUCCUGCACGCUACAGCCCUUCCUGUAGGGCUGGAAAGAGUCCCCAGUCCUCAAUAUGACACUCCGGGAGGUGGCUCCCAGGCCGUCAGGGCAGACAUUCUACAUGAGAUUGCUUGCCGUCCAUGUGCUAAAAACAAUGGGACAAAAUACUGAAGGGCACACUAACUUCUCCUCAAUCAAGUCAGCCCUGUUUAAUCCUUAGCUUUCUAAUUCUGACCUUUGGGAGGCCAUCUAGCAAAUUGAGUCCUCAGCUCUCCUGGGAUGCUUAGUAUUUCAUUCCAGGAAGGAAACAAAGGCUGAAAAUUUCAUUCUGCUAACCAUGUAGAAACCGAGGGGAGAUAAAAUUAACCGAACUGUUCUGCUGUUGAAUUCGGGGUGUGUUUGAAACGCUGCACUCAUGCUGCACAGAGCACCUCUGCCUCCUUGGGGCCCCUUUACCCAGCUCUUGCCUUCUGAGCUGUGCAGAUAUUUCAUAGGCAGAGCUGCAGGCUAGUGUGGGCUCUCUGUACGGUGCUUGCACUGGCCUGGGACUGUGCAGUGCUGUGAUAAAGAUGGUGUUCAACAGUGUAUCCUCAACAGACUUGUCUGUCAUAGUCUCACAAUUCUCGCUGACACCUGAGUCCCUGCCCCCGUGGACACUCACCGUUGAUUUAUAAUCUGCCCUGAUUCUCAGACAUUCACCCUGCAGAUGCUGCCUUCUGUGAAAAGUCUAGUUAUUUCUUUCCUGCGUUGUCUAAGAUCCUCUGUGACUACCCAGACCUUUGACCUUGAUCUGACCCUGCUUGUCCAUUAUCAGACUUGAGAGGUUCUCAGAAGUGUCUGCAGUCUUGAACUGUUACUCUGAAUAAAACAGUGUUUCCUGAGAUGAUAAGGAAGUUCUCAUUCAACAUGCUAAAUAGCCUCAAGCUCCCAAAGAAACUAAUUUACCAGCAUGACUUUGAGCUUAUGUCUGACUUCUCUAGCUGCACAGUGCACAGGAACUUUCUACAGAGCUUGUUUAUUCUGGCAGGACUCGGACAUUAGCAUGGAUCAAGGAGUCAUGUUAACCCUAGGAUCCUGAAUCUUUUUAUUAGUAUACGAUCAAAGCACAGCAUAUGCAUAUGACAAUUCCAAGAAUUAAAAAAAUUAAAAUUUUAAUUUAUGUAUAUGAGUGUUCCAUUUGCAUGUGAGCAUUCAUGACAGAAGAGGGCAUCAGACCCCAUUAUAGAUGGCUGUGAGUCACCAUGCGGUACUGGGAAUUGAAUUCAGGACCACUGGAAGGGUAACCAGGGCUCUUAGGCACUGAGCCAUCUCUCUAACCCUCCAAGAAUUUGUAAAAACAAAAUAUUUGUGGUUUACAUUAUUAUUAGAAAAAAAACCUCAUCAAUUUGUUCUGGCUGGAUAGCCAAUCAGAUUUUAAAAUAAAGACGGGCAGAGAAUUUA